AUGGAUAGUUUAAACCUUCCAGCACUUCAGCAAAUCAAGGUCAAUUUGGUUAAAGAAACGUCUAUUAUUACACCUUCUUCUUCGGUUGGUUUAUCGUUCGUCAGCGAGGAAUACACAGUGGUGGAAAAAGGGUUUAAUGAGGAUACUAUUCAGCCUUCGACCAAAUACACGGCUUCGUGUAUCUUUCCACAUCUCAUUGGAGUAUCAAAUUAUGAAAAGGAGUUUUUUUCAGUACCCUUCGCCUCCUCAAAGUCUUUGAAAGGCCUGAAAUUUAAGCAGCAAAUGCUAGAACAGGAGGAUGAAAGACACAUAUUGCAAUCUCAGGAGAGCAAGCAACGCGCUUUGCUAGUUAUAUCGGAAGUCGAUGAAUAUCAAGAACUUUAUUAUUAUUAUGAAUGCAAUUUAAUCAAAUUAGUUCAAGAAACCAAAAUUAUUUGUCAGAUGGAUAAGCGUGCAGGGGAAGAAGCUUAUCAUCAGAAAGUUAUUCAAACUCAAGAAAAAGAGGACUUGAGCAAUGAGGAAAAACAAUCUCGCGCACACCUAGAAAGAAUCGAAUUCGAUAGUCGUAAUUUCCUGAGCUCGAUGCGAGAUCUUCGAAUCCUGGAAAUCGAAGCAGAAUUGUUAAAAAUAAAAGAGCAGAGCGCUGCGACGUUAUAUUUACAAGCCUUAAACGUCCGCAAGCGUGAGUUGGAAGUUUCUCAAAAGUAUUAUCGUCCACCCCAGCAAUUUUAUUUAUUAUCCACCUCUGACCCCUUUCACGUGGUGGAGAUUGAUGCCGAGGAAACGGAAAGUAGGCGCCGCACCCAACAACGGGAGGCCCAUCGCGUGCUUUACACCCUUUCCGAGGAAGAAUUCGCCGCCCGACAGCGGCUCUAUUAUCAUCAUGGGCUAACUUGGAUGCGGUUCGCGUAUUUAAAAGGGGCCGCUUUGAUCGCCUUACACGAAGAGCCUUUGCUUCGAACGGGUUUGGCGAAACUGUUAGGAUUGGGGGCCUGCCAGCCGCGUUUGGGGGCGUUUAUUCGCAUCCAACGAUGGUGGCGUCUUUUGAGGAGCCGGCCGUGGUCGGCGUGGCGUCGGGAGAAUUUGAAAAAGGACCUCGCAAAAAUGCCUAGACACCAUUCGCGAUUAAAGUUCAAGGAGGAAUCUUCUAACCCCAAAGGACGAAGUUUUACCAUUGAGGACGAUCUUGUAUCCCUAUCAAAGGCAGCGGAGCAGUAUCGAUAUGAUAUUAUGAUGGAUCAUUAUCUUUAUUUAUUAGGAGUAAAAAUAACGUCCUUCCUGAAGGAGGAACAAUAUGAGUUUAAACUCGCCCAAUUGAAUCGCUCGCGGGAUUUGACGACGUCUGGUGUGGAAGGAAGUUUAGUGGAAUCCGCCACCGAGGAUAGUUUUCAUGUGCUCUCCCAGAAUAGCUUGCUUAUUCUUUGUCGACCUCGUUUUGCGCUUCCGUAUGAUUUAUGGAGGCGUACGCGAUGGGUUAUGGGUUCACUUGAUAAUUAA